AUGGUUACAAAACCUAAAAAAGAUUUUAGUGUUGCAUUUCUCUUACGAGAUAAUAAUAAUAAUGAUUGUGAAUAUACAUGUCCUUCCAAUGAUAGUAGUCCAUCAAAAUCUUCAUGUUCACCACCAAAUUGGCAUCCAAUUCCACUUAUAAAUAAUCUUAAUAAUAGUACAUCAACAGUAACCUCAAAUUCAUUUUGGUUAUCUGAUCAAUCAGAUACGAAAGUUUGUCCACUACGUAAACAUAAAAAUGGUCGAAAACCUCGUACACCAUUUAGUACAACACAAUUACUUGCAUUAGAAAAAAAAUUUCAUGAACGGCAUUAUCUAUCUAUAUCGGAACGAGCCGAAUUUUCUUCAUCAUUAAAUUUAACUGAAACACAAGUUAAAAUUUGGUUUCAAAAUCGUCGAGCAAAAGAAAAACGUUUGUCUGAAGCUGAAUUAGAAAAGUAUCGUUUUAUACAAAUAAAAGAACAAUUAACUAAACAAUUUGAAAUGUCUUCAACAUAUUUUUCAUUUCGAUAA